CUUGGAAAGCUGAACGUGACAAACGGUUUUACAAACAAACGUUGGGAACCAGGCUCAUUUAUUUCAGUUACUGUCUCAAUAGAGCAAACAGUGAAUAUCCAGCAUUUCCUGUCCUUUCCCACCUGCAGCAGUUUUGGCAGAGAUGUGUUUGUUAAUGAUAUUUUUGUCCUUUUUUUUAGAGACGUACUAAACUUCCUGCGGUCGGGUGAGCUGCCGCCCCGCGAGCGCGUGAGCUCAGUGUACAAGGAGGCUCAGUAUUAUUCCAUAGGACCCUUGCUGGACAGUCUAGAGGACAUCCAGCCUCUUAAAGGAGAAAAAGUGAGACAAGCUUUCCUGGGCCUAAUGCCAUAUUACAAAGAGCACCUGGAGCGCAUCAUCGAGAUCGCCAAGCUGCGGGCCAUGCAGCGGAAGGCCAGGUUUGCCAAGCUCAAGGUGUGCGUGUUCAAGGAGGAGAUGCCCAUCACUCCCUACGAGUGCCCCCACUUCAACUCCCUGCGCUUCGAGCGCAGCGAGAGCGAGGCCAAGCUCUUCGAGCACCACUGCGAGGUGGACGUGUCCUUCGGGCCCUGGGAGGCCGUGGCCGACGUCUACGACCUCCUGCACUGCAUCGUCAGCGACCUGUCGGCGCGCGGCAUCACCGUGGAGCACCAGUGCAUCGGCGUCUGCGACAAGCACCUCAUCAACCACUACUACUGCAAGCGCCCCAUCUACGAGUUCAAGAUCACCUGGUGGUGAGCGGGGCCACGGAGAAGGGUCAGGGGACUGCCACAGGACAAAUGUGCUUUCGNGG